AUGUCUUCAGGCUCGAGCAUACAGCCGACGGCUCAGGACGUGUCCCUUGACUGGAUAGCAGCAUAUGCAGAAUAUUCCGCAUCCGCCUUGUGGACGUACGACUAUCUUCAAACUCUAACCAUGGAGAUCGACGCCAUCUGGAAGAGGAAACUGACGGGAACGUCGCUUCUGUUUCUCGUCAAUCGGUACACCAUGAUUCUCUCCAUUGCUGUCUAUCUGUACGAGAACGCACCAGGCUCUGCCUCUGAGACUACCUGCAAUUACAUGCAACACCUCGAUCUUGCCUUCGCCUUCACAGUCGCACAAAUCAGUCUGAGCCUGGUUUCAGAUAUCUCUGACCCUUCAACCGACGAUAUUGCGUUUAUCGCUUUCAGCUCGAUCAUAACACCAUUCUAUAACUAUGUCCCGAGCAUGCUCAUCAGUCGCCUAGUUCUCAACCUCCGAAGCUACGAUGAACAUUCUGCUCAGGCCAAUGGACCCGAUCUAUCACUUCCUCCUGUAAGAUUUACCCUAGUUGAAAAUCGUGUGCUUGGGAGCAUCGGAGCCCCCGUUGACUACGAACAGUGGGAACCGGGAAGUCGAUUUGAUGUAUCAGAUGAUACCAUAGAGCAGGAUGAGAGCCAGGAGCAGGGUGGGACAGUGUCUGAGUGA